UCUAUAACAAGUGACACUCAAACCAUGGAUUUUUCGAAGGUGAUAUUUGUGCUGUUUUGUGGAAUUAGUAUGGUAAUGGGAGGAACUCGUUAUAUCGCUAUUCCUAUUGAUGGAAUGGAUAUUUUCGAGUUGAACCCAAUCGCGCCACCCACGCCCCAGGCCAGACUCCCACGCCAGACACACGUCAUUCAUCCUACUGAAACUGAAAGUCCUGCCCAGAGACCUGAAAGAUCCACAGCUGAAAUUCUAGAUUUUGUUGAUUUCGGUGCGCACACAGGAGCAAAUGGAGCGUACUCGUGGUAUGCAGAUUAUCCGUCGCACCAUUAAAUGUUUCCAUCCUAUCUGAUUAUCUGGUAUCUCAAAUAUAUAUUUUUUUAAUAUUCCACGUAAACAUGUCAAAUGAGAAAUCAGAAUUUUUCGCCAUUUAUUGUUUGAUCAAAUGUCAAUUCUAUUAUUUUAUUUUUGAUAUUAUUAUAUCAACCCCGUUAUUGUUAUUCUUUAUUGAUGUUGUAAUUUAAUUGAAUUGUAAAUAUCUAAUGUAUUCUUAUUAUUGUACUUGAACACUGUCAAAGACCUUGAAUA